CUCGUCGUCUCCACGAUCGAUCGAUCCAAGCUAGCUAGCUACCUACCAUGCUAGAGAACCAGAGGCAAGCGGAGGUUCUUUGGCCGAGGCUAGUGGCCAACAAGCUCUUCAGGAAGCCGUCGGGCAGCCAUGCCUUCGUCGCCGACUUCCCGAUGGCCGUGGAUGGCUACGACGGCGAGGCGCCGCCGGUGGAGUUGUUUGAUAUUGAUGGUUGCAGCCCCGACGCCGACGCCUGCCGCCGGGUGAAGCGGCCGCGGCCGCAGCAGCGAGCGAGCAAGACGCUCAAGUACAGGCUGUUCGCGAGCACGUGGAACGUCGGCGGCGUGGCGCCACCGGAGGACCUCGACCUGUCGGACUGGCUCGACACGAGGAACCCCGCCUACGACGUCUAUGUCCUCGGCUUCCAGGAGGUGGUGCCGUUGAGCGCGCGGAACGUGCUGGGCGCGGACAAGAAACGCGUCGGCAUGCGCUGGAACGAGCUCGUGCGGGCGGCGCUGAACCGGUCGGCGGCGGCGCCGACGAGCUCCCAUGACCAAGGAGAGGCCAAGGGCGGCAGCGGCGGCGGCGGCGCAAGCGGAGGGGAGAUCAAGCAGGCGCCGCAGAAGGUUCACCCGGUGCGUGACGGCGGCGGCGGCGGCAGCGAGCUGGCCAGGGACUACCGGUGCGUGGUGAGCAAGCAGAUGGUCGGCAUCCUCCUCACCGUCUGGGUCCGCGGCGACCUCGCCCGCUUCGUCCGCCGCGCCAGCGUCUCCUGCGUCGGCUGCGGCGUCAUGGGCUGCCUCGGCAACAAGGGCGCCGUGUCCGUCAGGUUCUGGCUCCACGACACCAGCUUCUGCGUGGUGUGCUGCCACCUCGCGUCCGGCGGCCGCGACGGCGACGAGGCGCACCGCAACGCUGACGCCACGGAGAUCCUCGCCCGGACGACCUUCCCCCGGGGGCACUCGCUCAACCUGCCCCAGAAGAUUCUAGACCACGACCGGGUGAUCCUGCUCGGGGACCUCAACUACAGGAUCUCGUUGCCGGAGGCGAAGACGAGGCUGCUGGUGGAGAGGCAGGACUGGAAGACGCUGCUCGAGAAUGACCAGUUGCGAAGUGAGGUGGUGUCGGAAGGAGGAGCGUUCCAUGGCUGGAACGAGGGGGCCAUCUCGUUCUCGCCGACGUACAAGUACUACCCCAACUCCGACACCUACUACGGCUGCGCGUCGCUGGGCAAGAAAGGCGAGAAGCGUCGGGCUCCGGCAUGGUGCGAUCGGAUACUGUGGCGCGGGGCAGGGCUGAAGCAGAAGCGGUACGACCGGUGCGAGUCGCGGCUGUCGGACCACCGGCCGGUGCGCGCGCUCUUCGCGGCGGAGGUGGAGGCGCCGAGGAACCUCAACUCGCUGCGGAGCUUCUUCCUGUCGGAGAGGUUCGACGGCGGGAGGAGGAGCUCCGCCGCCGACCUGCUCCGGGAGGACGACACCACCAGCAGCGCAAGAUUCGGCGACACCAUUUGAGACAGACCGGAUAAACACAGAGAGAGAAGGAAGAAGAUGAUGAAAUGCUCUUUGGUUUGAUCCAAGGGUACAGAGAGGAAGAGAGAUUAGAGAGAUAAUCAGAGAAAUGUAUAUGAUUAUUCUGUCUUGAGUAAUGUUCGUAUAUAUCGUAUAUAAUCUGCAGUAUAGCUAGGAUACAGAUGUUUUCCCCCCUUGUUCCUGACUUUCUGUAACCACAUUUGUACUCUCCAUGAUCAGAAAUUCACAAUACCAGAUCAAAAUUUCUCUAAGAAUUUG